GGCUCGACAUCACGGGCCGAGGCUACGCGGUGCGCGACAAGGUCUUUCAAGCCUACGCCAAGUACUGCUAGUCCCUACCACCUGACGCCUCGGACUCGAUGAGGGAACACCGGCGCCUCCUAGACGACGCGGGCGUCCCGGACUCGGACAAGCCCAAGCAGGCCGCCAUCUUCACCAUCGUCUCCUUCAGUAAGUCUGCCCCGACGCUCUACUGGACGCUGUGGGAGCUCUUCUCGCGGCCGGACGUGCUCGCGCGGGUACGCGCCGAGCUGGCCGCCCACGCCGUCGCCCUCACCACGGACAGCAGCAGCGGCGACAGCAGCAGCGGCGACAGCGACGGCGGCGGAGGAGGAGGAGGAGGCAAGUCGGAGACCGGGCAGACGGCAGCAGGUGCGGUGGGGGCGAGUGGGUUCGUGCCCUGGGGCUGA